AGUAGUUUGGUGUGCGCUAUCAAUGUCCAGAAACAGUUCUUACUACACUCAUUUAAAUACUACUACUAAUAAAUAAACCAUAUUGUUUAUCGUUGUUAAUCAUGUCCGACAGAAAUCCCGGAAUGGAUCUGGAUCUGGAGUGGGUGUCAAAGGUCAGAGUGAACACUCAGGCUGUGCUGAAAAGGGCCCAACAAGUUCAGGGCCGCAAGGUGGCCAAGAAAGAAUGGCAGGCAGCCUGGCUCCUGAAGGCUGUGACGUGCAUCGACCUGACGACACUCUCUGGUGAUGACACGCCAUCUAACGUCCACCGAUUGUGCAUGAAGGCCACGCGGCCAGUCCGCUACGACCUGCUGCAGAGCAUGGACAUGCAUGAUAAAGGUAUUACAACAGCUGCAGUGUGUGUUUAUCCAUCUCGUGUGGCUGAUGCAGUAAAAUCUUUAAAAGCAGCCAAUUCCAGCAUACCUGUUGCCUCUGUGGCUACUGGGUUCCCUGCUGGUCAGACUCCACUAAAGACACGCCUGGAAGAGGUGCGUAUGGCUGUUGAAGACGGGGCAACUGAAAUCGACAUCGUCAUUAAUCGGACAUUGGCUCUUACUGGACAGUGGGCAGAGUUAUAUGAUGAGAUCCGGCAUUUCAGAGAGGCAUGUGGUGAUGCUCACAUGAAGACCAUCCUGGCAGUAGGAGAGCUGGGCACUUUCACCAAUGUCUACAAAGCCAGUCUCGUGUCAAUGAUGGCAGGAUCUGACUUCAUCAAAACUUCUACUGGCAAAGAGUCCGUUAAUGCCACCUACCCAGUCGCCAUAGUAAUGGCCCGGGCCAUUCGAGACUACUACUUGAAGACGGGUCACAAGGUUGGGUUUAAGCCAGCGGGAGGUAUUCGGACAGCGCAGGAGGCCUUGGUGUGGCUGGUACUAAUGAAGGAGGAGUUGGGUGACCAGUGGCUCACUCCUAACCUCUUCCGCCUGGGAGCCAGCAGUCUUCUCGGAGACAUUGAACGGCAGAUUUACCACUAUGUAACGGGACGCUAUCCAGCCUAUCACGAGUUGCCUAUGGCCUGAUUUCUUGAGAUCCUGUCCAUGUGACCAACGAGACUCAGGACCUGUUCCAAUUAGCCAAUCACACCAUGAAGAAAGCCUCCAUUGAAGUCUUCAGGGAAAUAAAGUUACUUCCUAACAAACAUUAAGUGUGUUUUACAGAUAUGAAGAUCAUGCUGAGUGCAGGACCUUCCACUGCCCUUGCCUUGAUUUUGUAAAUGAGUACUUCAUUUUAUCAUUAAGUCAUUUCAUACUGAAUAGAAAAAACGUAUUUGAAGGGUAUUAUGUGAAGUUUAUCUAAAUCAUUUUAGCUAAAGAAGAUUUUUUUUUUUUUUUUCAAAAUGAAUUUAAUAAAGUCCAAAUGACAUGAUGUAUUAAUGUUCUA